AUGCUGCCUCCAGUCCCUUCGCCUUUAGACUACGGCAUCUCCCCUGAAAACGGGUUCCUGUCACCAGAGCCACCUUUAGAGUCCCUGUCAGAUCCCUACUAUGCCAAAUGGGAGGCUAUUGCAGCAAACCUCCAACCAUUAUUACUGAGUAAACGCGUUCGAUCCCUUGUGGACCGUUUACCCAUACUCUCAACAUCAUAUUUGAACACAGAUGCUGAAUGGCGACGCGCAUACGUCGUCCUGGUAUUCAUAUUGCACGGCUAUGUAUGGGGUGGUGACCGACCCAGCGAGCGAGUACCACCACAACUCACCGUGCCCUUAUUUGAAAUAUGUGAACGCCUUGAAGUUCCCCCAGUAGCGACAUACGCAGGCGUAUGCCUCUGGAACUAUAAGCCACUCUUUCCCGACGAACCAGCAGACGACCUUGACAAUCUCGCCUGUUUACAAACAUUCACCGGAUCCCUAGAUGAACAAUGGUUCUACCUUGUCUCCGUAGCCAUCGAAGCUCGGGGCGCCCCCUCAAUCCCACUCAUGCUGGAAGCUAUCACCGCCGCCCGCGCUGGCAAAUCGCGCGUAGUCACCGAAUGUUUGCAGCGUCUCGCCGAAAUGAUAGAUGAGAUUACCUCGCUUCUCCAACGUAUGUACGAUAAUUGCGACCCCUACAUAUUCUACAAUCGCAUUCGACCCUAUCUCGCCGGAAGCAAGAACAUGGCUGAUGCAGGGCUCCCACACGGCCUUCUAUACGAUAAUGGUCAGAACGAGCCUGAGUACCGACAAUAUGGUGGCGGGAGCAAUGCACAGAGCUCUCUUAUUCAGUUUUUCGAUAUCGUGCUUGGUAUUGAGCACCGACCAACUGGUGUUGGGAAAGAUGUGAACACAAACACGAACAAUUCGUCUCAGGAUGCUCCCAAGACGCGACAUGGAUUCAUUCAUGAAAUGCGCGCUUAUAUGCCUGGUCCUCAUAGACGGUUCCUAGAACAUAUCGAUUCAAUCGCUAAUAUUCGUUCUUUCGUGGAGUCUCGACGCGCUGACCCUGCGCUCCGACUUGCCUAUGAUGCCUGUUUGUCUAUGUUACGUUCUAUGCGCGAUAAACAUAUCCAGAUCGUGUCGCGGUAUAUCAUUGUGCAGGCGCGUGGAGCUCGCAAGGAAAUGGAAGCUACUACGACACAGCAGGCUGCCCCUCAGAACCUCGCUACGGCCGUGCCGACUGGUAGCAAGAAGCUUCGGGGUACGGGUGGUACUGCACUGAUCCCGUUUUUGAAGCAGGCUCGUGAUGAAACUGGUGAACCUGCUAUUGAAACUUGGGCUCGACGGCUCCUCAGUAAUGGGCCCGUGGUUGCGGGCUCGGCACCAUUGAGCAAAGUUGGCGAACAUCCAGAUGGUCAUCUGGAGGUUGUUGGUCUAUGUGGUACAUGGACAUCUGAUGAUAGCGAAGGUGGCAUUUGUCACUGGUGA